CCGCCGUUGCACCGGAACGGGGGCGCGGAUAUGGGAGGGCCUUGGAGCCGCGGCGCAACGGUUUGAAGCCGUUAGCGGCCGAAAUCGGGCGCCGCGUGCGCGAUGCCAGGCGCUAACGGUCGGCUUGUGCCGAGGAUGUCUCUCAGUAUGCAACAGCGGACGCGGUCACCUUCGGGGAAUCGCUGACCUGCCGGCCUUAUGCCUUGGAAGCCCGCCGGAUCUUCCGCCCCCUGAUCUGCAAACCCUGGGACACCCUGAGAAAGUCAGGGCUUUCCCCUGCCUUGCAAUCCCUGAGAAACCCUGAGACAGCCAGGGUUUGCCCACUUGCCACCGCUGUCGCGCGUGUCGCUCUCCGAGCUGUCUGGCGCUGGCAACUCUGAGAGGGGCAAACCUUGCUUGCCACACAAUCGCAACCCUGAGGAGGCAGACCGUGGGUCGUGAGUGACUUAAAAAAUCGAAAAGCCGCCAAAACUCUGAGACGCAAGGAAGACCUUGAGACGAGGAAUCGCGCUCGCAACCUUCAGGUGGAAACCUCUAGAAUUUUGCGCUUUUUCGUCUACUCUGUGAGACAAAACUCUGGCACGGCCUCAAAACCCAGGGAAUUUUUGCCGAGCGUGAACCCCGAGACCCCUGACCGCUCCCCUUAAAACUCUGCAGAGAAUGGCUGGCGUUUCUGUCUUUCUUCCUUGAGAUUCUACUCCAAACGCUUUAAAACCCUGACCGGCGACCUCGAUUUUUGCCGCUUGUUAAUAGCGAAGGAAUUAACAAAGUCAAUCACCCUGGGGUCGUUGAAGUCGUUUUCAAUCUAUACUGAGGUCUUUCAGGAGACGACUUUAUUUCGACCUUGUUUUAAUGGCCAGCCAUUAAUUAUUCGCUGAUUUUUGCACCAAACUCACUCUGACAAGCAGUCAGGUUUAUUCAGGGUUGUCACAAAGGGAGUCACUGUGACCCAGGAGGUAGAGGAUAAUUGUUCUGAAGAAACAAAGAACAAACACCGUGCAAAGGAAUCAACAAAAAUAUUAGAACCAGACAAACACGGCGGUCCGGAUUAUAGAUCCCGCGACAUCGAUUUCUUCUACUCCUAAAGCGGACAAAACAAGUGGAAUUCCACUACUCUUGUCUUUCUAGACUUAUCAGCAAAAGGCGACAGGAAGCACGACAACAGUUCAUGCACAAGAUGACGCCUUCCGUGGAUAAGACGACAUGUAAUGGUACGACGACUCAAAUGGGAACUGUUCCCCCGAAAAAGGUGCACAACUUGUCGGCAGGACCGGGUAAGGUGUUCGAGGAGGCACUGCGCCGCGCUCAUGCGGAGUGGUUCAACUACGACGAUCUGGGUGUGAAUUUCAUGGAGUUGUCCCACCGUGACUCGGACGGACCGGUGCAGAACUUGAUGGUGGAUACGCAGAAGAAAAUCCGCAAGUUGCUUGAUGUGCCUGACAACUACCACAUUCUCCUGAUGCCAGGCGGCGCGCACGCGCAGUUUAGCGCAGUGCCAGUGAAUCUGUGCACGCGUAUCGGACUCAACGGAAAGCCGACCUCGCCACCGCAGUACGUUGACACCGGAUUUUGGAGCCGCCGCGCGGCCGGAAUCGCUGAGGCCUACGCGAAACGCUACUACCCGGACUGGUUUGAAACAAACCCGGAAGCCAACUCUUCCGCAGCUUCAUCUUGUUCUACUGAGCAAGAGGGAGAGGAGACACCACAAGACGUACAGAUCAAGAUGACCAUUGUUAAGGCUCUCCAUAAUUCGUCUUCGCAUUCGUUGUUAUCCCUGAAAAGAAGAGUCGUCUAUGCUAGGUAAUCAGAAUACUCGGAACAUGAAUAUGAUUGGUUUAGAGGAGACUACUCACCGGGGUUAUUCUGAGCGGGCUACUCUUCACGGAUGAACUGGAACUACGCACAGCGCUAAGAUUACGAAGAACGACGAAUUGCCGCUGCCAGGCUCUGCUCCCUCGGUUGCAAGCACUCUCACCACGGUCGGAUCGAGCGGUUCUUUCACCUCGACCUUGCUUUCGUCUCCGUUGGGCGGAUCGUGCGAGUCCGGUCUUUCCUCACUAAAGGCUUCUCCUCUUGAGGCGCGCCGCCUGGAUACGGCCCUGUCUUCCGACGAUGAUAACUCUACUUCAUCGAACGAUGGUUCUUCCUCAGUGGAUGAUUGCGCUUUGAACAAAACAUCUUCCAAUAGUACUAGUGUUACUAACUCUCGUGCCAGCACAUUUGCAAUGAAGAAAACAUCUUCCUCGACCCCUGCUACCGCAGCAGCUGCGCGCAAUCCAAUUACGACCCCGUUCGAACCUAUCGGCGGUCCACUCUUCUGUUGCCACAACGAGGGACUUCUAAAACCCGUCACCGAGUGGCAAGUUCGCGAGGAUGCCGCCUACGUUUUCAUCUGCCUCAAUGACACGAUUCAUGGGCUGGAGUACCUGACGGAACCUGAUCUGGAGGCAAUCGACCGCGCGAACGUUCCUCUUGUUGUCGACGCGACUUCGACGCUGAUGUCUCGCCCUGUGGAUGUGUCAAAGUGCGGAGUCGUGUUUGCGUCGUCAGGCAAAAACCUGGGACCGGCGGGUGUUUGCGUGCUCAUUGUCCGCGAUGACUUGUUGCACCUCGUUGACCAGGAAGCUGUUAUUCCGAACGAAGAAGAGGAUGCCACGACGGCCACCGAGGUCCCCACUCCGGGACUUGUUAGCGGUGCAGCAGUUUCUGGCAGCGCAACGUCGAUAUCCGGUAGGGCUUCCUGCGCCAGCACUUCUACGUUUUUGCCGUCGCCUGCCAGCGACGAGGACGAGGAAGGCUCCCUCACAGCGUCGUCGUGGAGCCCACGCGAGUCUGUUCUCGAGUCGGAUCGUCAAUGGUCUGCGUGUUCCACGACUGCUUCUGCGAAAAAGGGGAAACUCGGAACGAAGAAUCUUGUCAGCGGCGGUCGUGCCAAUUACAAGUCAAGCACCAGAGCAACGGUGAUGAACAACAGCGAUAAGGCGUCUGAAUUGGCAGCGCUUCCCAUGCUCGAUUGGCGCGGCUUCGCUUUCUCCGCCCCCAUUCAGAACCUCUACAACACGCCUCCCACUUUUUCGCUGUACAUGGUUCAUCUCCACCUGCAAAUCACGGAGGAGAACGGAGGCCUGCAAGGUAUGGAGCAGAAGGCAAUCCGCGUAGCCAGCAGUUGCUACAACUACCUAGACGGCCUCGCAGACCAGGGAAAGCAGCAGGCAAUUGCCACCGGGGUCGCUUCUCACGCUUUCUACCAGCCUCUGGUCUCGUCCGAGCAGAGCUAUUGCCGCAGUCGCAUGAACGUGUGUCUGCGUAUUGGCGACGCGGAAAGCGUGAUCGGAAGCGAGAUGCGAGCGCAGAAUGUGGCAUUGGAGAAGGAGUUCACGCGCUGGGCCGAACGGGAGCAUAACGUGACGCAAUUCGGCGGCCAUCCGAUUGCAGGUGGGCUUCGCAUCACAUGCUACAACACCAUUCCGGAAGACACCAUUGACGCUGCCCUGCAGGCCUUGGAAGCCUUCCGCGCACUAAACGCGCAUCGCCUUGCAUUCUAGGACUCGAAGACGGGAGAUGAGCGCGCUUGUCGUCUGUCUUCGGCGGAAAAGGAAAGUCAUGUAGCGUACGAGCAUAUCGUCUUUUAGCUGAACUGUCUGCACUGAUGAAGGAUACGUUAGAACUGCCCAAUAAAAAAAUUAUAAUAUAAGAAAGGAAGGCAAGGGAAGAAUUUUCGAAGCAAGGAAUAGCAUUGAAUUAAUGCCCACAAUCGGUUGAUGAGAAGAAGAUUCGUCGAUAGAAGGCAUUAAAGCCGUCAGGUAGUAAAAAACUGGAAUUCAAAUUUUGUUUUUGUUGAUGCAGUAGCAGUCUCGGCUCUUUGUUGCAUGUUUCAUAAAUGAUGCUUCAUUUUUGGAUAAAUUACUUCGUUGACAUUGAGUAAUCAUUUUGUUGGUUUUAUAAGAAUCGUGGGCAGGAUUAGAUUAUGUGAACAGUAAUAUUACCAUGAAAGAAUGAUGUUUUUUGAUAGCAGCAGUCAUCACGAAUAAGAAUUUGCAGUUAAUAGAAUUUGAGUUAAGUUUUGACUGGCGGCACGCCUAAGCCUCCCCGUUGAAUUAAUUAUUUAUGAUUGUAACGCUGCCCGUCGAUACAUACGGUUUUCGGAUAGUAGUUGUUAAGAGAAAUGCAGACUUGUCCAAGGAUUCAGCUGCCCAUCGGUGUGUCUUUUGCAUCUUCACACCGCGCUCCUGUCCACAAGUCGUUGUAGCUUCAUCUAAUGGCCCGUUUUAUAUGCUGUUGCUGUCGUUUCUUGGGCUAAUCAUGAGGUCUGUGUAGUGUCUACAUUCGUGAUGCAAAGCCUGCUGAAUAAUAAUGUCUCGUUCACGCAGAGGGACAUUGUAAAUUGCUAUUCCAUUACUUGAGUAGAGCUAACUAUGGAUAGGAUGAUAGUUGUUAGCAAGAACUACGGAGAAGUUAGGCUGAUUGGCAGACUUCCUAUCGUGUUCUGCAUUUCUAGUUCUACAUCGAGCAGUAAUUGAGCUUUUUUCCAUCAUAGAAAUUCUGCUAAUUGUUGAUGUAGUGUGCAUCAUGAUCUUCAGGAAUUAUCUAGAAGAUCAUCAAUUCUAAAAAAUGAACUUCUUCUCAAUCACUCUUUCUGUUCGGGAGGCAGCACGCAGGUGGGAUAGCUUUCCUCCGCCAGUGAUAGCCUACUUGAGAUAUUUGUGAUAUCAGUCAGAGUCAGAGCUUAGAGGUACAUUAAGUCAGGUAAAACUGUGGACGGCGGACCCAAUCCUAAUCCUAAUCCUAAGUUCGUAGUGGCCAGAAUAUUGUACUGUCAAUUUAAAGAACCCUUAAGCCCUCUUCGGUUGCGUCGUGGCCAUAGAACCGACUUUACUGCGUGAUGCAUCUCCUGUCCCUCACCAUUUAUGCAACAACAUUCAUUCAAACAGAACUAGCUGUACUAUGUAUCAUGCCUUUUUAUUUUUAUUGAUACGAGCUUCUCGUCUUAUGUGAAGAUGAACUUAUAGAACUCGAGAACAUCUGCACUCAUCCAAAUUUCUUGGAAAUUUUGAUGACUUAUCAUUGGCAAUCCACAAACAUGGAGCGCGCUACAUGAUGCUGUGAACUAAUUGUAAUUGAUUGUUUUUUCUGCAUGCUUCGGAUGCUAGGCUCAGAUCAUAUACUAGGUGAUUCAAUAAAUUGAUGGUGAUUCAAAAGAGAAGUUGAGCUAUGUAUAUCAUAUCUUUCAACGAAUUUCUUGUGUCAUGGGGAAUGUAGUUCUUUGUGUUGAUCGCACUGGUAUAUCUUCAGCUGAUUGUCAGGAAGCAGAAUAAGAAUCUGCGCUUAUGCCCCCCUUGCAUCGCGCUCGCUUAUAUCGAGAAGACACCGCGCACACGCUAAGUUCGAGAGAAACGAGAGUGCACAGGCAAUUGCCCACAACAUAGCUGAACUUUUCUCGACUUUUGAUUUUUUGAUUACACUAUCAUGUGGAUUUCCUACUGGGGAAAAUAGAGUAGAAUAUUUUCAUCCCCGAAAAUCGACUCAACCGAAGCUAUGUUUUUACUCACCUCGCUUAAAAACGAAGCGAAUGGAACUAAUGGUAUAUCACUCUUGUGAUUUUCCUUCAGCCGUUUGAAGAAAUUCUGCAACAAAAUCGACAAAACCUGUAGUUGCAAAAGAUGUUUGAUUUUGAAAAAGUAACCACGAAAAGUGUAACACGACCUCUGUUGAUUAUCUAUCUUGAAUUGAAUAGUUUUCGAUUUCAGACUACAACUGAACCUACUACAUCGUCAGAGUCACACAAGCAGUUUUCCGCGCAAUGCAUUGAUGUAUGACUGCUUUUCCUCUCAAUUUGUCGUAAAGAAGGUAGUAAGUAUGACAAGAAUACACAGGAGGAAAGCAGUAUUGGUACGAUUGUUAACUAUAAUCAAAACCAACUGCUCGUGUUGAUAUGUAUCUUCAAAGAGAAGACAAAUAACAAUACACAAGCAGGGACGUAUGCCCCAUUUCUAUUAAUCCAACGACAAGAACAAGCAAAAAUCAAAAAACUAGAGCUUUGCACAGACAGCCGACCUUUCCUUUUCGGCAACGACUGCUCGUCAAUCGUUACAAUUUUGGAACUCAUUUCAUUCAACAAUUUCGUGUGUACCUAUCCUUUCUCGAAUGAAAAGAAAAGAGUUUGAAAGUUCAAUCGCUUUUUCGACGCCAAUAGCGCCGUUUCGUCCUCUCACUCUCUUGUGCAUUAGUUUGUGAGACCUUGGAUUUUUUGUGAAAGUUGACAAAGAUGCUGAUCGGCGGGCAAC